CAACACUGUGACACCAUGCAAGCAAUACUUAUAAAAAUGGGAACUACACUAGUUUGUAUUUUGUGGAAGAUGACGUCUACAGCACGUCUACAGCUCGGCUUUGAGGGUGAAAAAGCAUAGCCUUUAAGAUAUGCGUUUUAGCAGUCAUCGCCAUCGUCAUUGGUUUUUCGCCCGCACGUUGCGCACAUGGCAAUGUUCUCGCGAGUCGGCGCAUGUCAUUUAUUGUGACGUAUUUUGACGUUUAAUGUAGAUUCUAGAAAUGCCUGUGUCUCAGGAAGUUCACUUCGCUCACCACUUAGCAGCGAACGAAAAAGUUACUAGAGACCGGGCACUGCGAAAACUGACGAAAUGGAUACGCGCGAAGUCCGGACGCCAAGGCAUGGAAUUCACCGAAGAUUCACUGAUGAAGCUUUGGAAAGGGCUGUUCUUUUGCAUGUGGAUGUCCGACAAACCGUUUGUUCAGCAAGAACUGGCGAAUAGCAUAGCUGGCCUGGUACAUUGCUUCGCCCAACGGGACCAGUCUUUGAUGUUCCUGGAUGCGUUCUUCAAGACCAUGGCCCGUGAAUGGUUUGCGAUCGACAGGUUUCGCCUGGAAAAGUUCAUGAUGCUGGUCAGACGAUGCUUCCGUCAGGGUGUUGCCUUUGCCUAUGGGGAUGCAUGGAGCAAUGAAAACGUUACGACCUUCUGUGACAUGCUUCAGUCAACUGCCCUGUGCCCAAACAGCCAAGCUAUUCCGCUUGGCCUGAGGCUGCAUGUCGUUGAUGUAUUCCUUCAAGAACUUGCUAGAAUGCAUGGAGGAGAGUUGACUCCAGAGCAAGCAACAUUAUUCCUGCAACCUUUCUUCGACAUUUUGAUGCACUCAAAUGAUCGAACACUUCUGGAUGCAGUGCGGAAAAAUGUCUUCUUCAUGAUGCUCGACCUGGAUCGGGAAGCUGUCGAGCUGGGUGUAGAUCCCAGCUCUGUGAAAAUCAAGGGCAGCAAUGGCACAACAGAAGAUGACGACUCAGCAGAAGAGGAAGAGGAGGACAUGUACGAUGAGCACGGCAGAGUGCUUGAGAAAGGAGAGAGCUGCCAGGACCUUCCUGCAAUUCCUUUUGAUUACAGCACGAUUGCUGACAGGCUUUUCGACAUGCUCAAGGAUCCCAAGCUUAAACCUUUCAACCGUGGCCUGAUCACCAGAAUGGUGAAGAAGUUCCGUACAGUCCUUGAGGAAGGCCUGGUUAGGCCUCCAGUGGAGGAGACUAUUGAAGAACCCAUCACUGAGGACGACAUUGAGGCUGCUGCCAGCAAGCUUGAAGAAGAACUUGAGGAAGAGCUCAAAGAGGAUCAUGAAGAAGUGCUCAAGCUUAAAAAGGAGCGGGACAAGGGAAAACCCAAGUUUGGCUUUGACAGCUCCAGUGGCGCAUAUGAGUACAUUUUUAACCACAGUGGUGACUCUGAAGACGAUGAAGGGUCGGCAAAGAAAACAGGACGAAAGAAAAGGCGACUGAAAGAGAAGCAACCAAAAAGAAAAACCAUAGAAGUAGAAGUUGAGGAAGGUACCGACACAUGUGAUUCUGAUAAGGAACUGGUCAGCACAAAAACUGCAGGCAGAAAAAGGAAACGAAGUGCCAGGCUCUUUGGAAAAACACAGAAAGAGAUGAGCGCUGAAGGUGCCUCUAAUGGAGUCGAGAGCAGUCAGCCCCCCAAGAAGAAGCAACGAAAAAGGAAACCCAAGAAGCCCAAAACCAGUCCAGACGGAACAGUGCAGAAGAUGGCAAAGUUAAAUUCUUUUGAUAACGAUGCUGCUGGCAUUGCUCAGCGGCAGGAUUCUAAGCCUACCAUGAAUAGAAAAUCUCUGUCAAAAUUAAAUUCUUUUGAUAAUGAUGCCGCUGGCAUUGUGCAGCGGCAGGAUUCUAAGCCUACCAUGAAUAGAAAAUCUCUGUCAAAAUUAAAUUCUUUUGAUAAUGAUGUUGCUGGCAUUGCGCAGCGGCAAGAUUCUAAGCCUACUGUGAAUAGCAAAUCUUCUGUAGAUGAGCAGCAGAAAAAAAUAAAUGUAGUGCUGCGACGGCGGCAGGCAAGAAAGCAAAGAAAGGAGAAGCGCAGGCUUUCUGCGCUCACACCAAGCUUUAAAGUGACUCCACUUCCAGAAAAGGCGGGCAAAGCUGAACAGGUGGCCUCAAUGACCACACCCACGAGUUCCGCAACCCAAACUGGCGAAGUGGCGGCGUCGAUAGUGUCUGCGUCAUCGAAGCAUCAAGACAGUCACACAACUGAAACUUCACCUUCCACACCAUUCAGGAGCCCGAAAAACCACGCUCAAGGAGGCAGUGCAAAAUCGCCUCGUCAAACCCCUCAAGCAGACGGAGAAGUGACGAGGCAUCCGAAAUCGCCUUUGGCAGGUAAUGUGGGUGCGUCAACCGGACUUCACUCACCAGGAAAAAGACGUACCAGUAUAGCGAAAACACCCGUUUCGUCCCCGAAAAAGAACCUCAAUGUGGCCAAGCCGCAUAUGUUGCCUGUAAAAGCUAACGCUGCAACAGAAGCAUCACCACAGGGUCUGCGGCCUAUUGGCAAGUUCACGUCGGCCUCGUCAGCUUCACACAAUGGCAUAGAAGUGAAGGCAUCUGGUGAUGAUGCUUCAAUUGCAAAGUCUCCAAGUACACCAAAGACCAGCAACCAAGUGGCACCUUCACUUCGCAAGUGUCUUACUGAAUCAAAAGCUAAUAAAGCUAAGCUUACAAAAUUUUCAACACCACCAGCACAGCCGUCUUCAACUUCUCAGGAAGAAAAGAGAGUGAUCUUCGCGUUGUCAAAAAACAAAGCACAAGAUCCAAGGGAGUACUUUGAGACAUUGAAGAACAGCCCAGAGAUUCCAUUUGACGCAUCCAAGAAGCCAGCUCAAAGUGUUCUGAAGGCACGGCUAUCGCUGCCGUCCAGUACACCUGUUCAGUCUGCAAAAAAGCGCGGGAGGGCAUCCGAUUUCUUUCAGUCAAAUGUCAGUGGUUUGUUUUGUAAGAAGCGUUCCAACGCGUCAGAUUUCUUCUAGGAUGUGACAAGACACUCAGCCGGUCAAUUUGUUCCAUACAUCAUGCUUCAUUGCUGGCACAAAAUAAAUAUUCUGUAUAUUGACACAC